AUGCUUCACGGUCUCUUCCUCGUGCCUCUCGUCGCCGCACUCGCGUGCCUUGCGCCGUGGACGGCCCUCGCGCAGUCGUCCGCGCAGCCCAUCGCCAUCGAUCAGUCGCAGGGCCCGGUGCUGCAGCAGUUGAAAAUCCCAGGCUGGCAGGUGGGGAGCGACUGCAACCAAGCGCAGAUCACAUGCGACUUAAACGGCAUGAUCACUUCCUUAUCAGUGGUCUGCCAGUCCUCUUCAACAGUGACUGUGACCCUUCCUUCCAGCAUGUCCGACCUUUCUAAGCUCACCAGCCUGCAUUUGGAGAGCUGUGGCCUGGGCACCAAUCCAGAAAGUCUCACGACGCUGAAUAGUUUGGCCAGCCUUGUGGACCUGGCCCUGCCGGCCAACGGGAUAACAAGCCUUCAGCCUUUGGCAAAAGCUGACUACAGCGAUUUGCAAACCCUGAACCUGAAGUCCAAUCCCUUAGGGACAGAUGGGCUCAUGGAUUUUGGCAAGUUCAGUACUCUUGCAUCGCUGGAUCUGUCAGGAUGUCAGCUGUCGAAAGAUCACCUUCUCAAUGAUCUAUACUCGCCCAGCAUGCUAUACCUGAAUGUGGCCAAUAAUAACCUCGCAGGCCUUAUCCCUGAUAACCCCGCAUCCAUGACUACUUUGACUUACCUGGAUGUGAGCUUCAACCUCCUCCAAGGAACCCUCUCACCGUUAUAUGGAAGCCUCACCAAUCUAAAAACGUUAGCCAUCAGUGGCACGGGUAUCACGUGCCCUGACAGCUACAGCAGCUGCGGCGGUGUGCCUCAGGACGUGAACUCUGCCUUCUGCCGCAUCUGCUCCGACUUCUGCGCCACAUGUGACAAACCAAAGCCUCUUCCUGUGGGCGCCAUUAUUGGGAUCGUGGUUGGCGCUAUUGUUGUGAUUGUGCUCGUUGCUUUUCUCCUUUACUACUUCUGCUUCAUGAGAGGCCAACGUAAAGGUGCGGUGGAGCAAAUCCUUAUCUACGAGUUCAUGCCCAACGGAGAUCUCUCGCAAUGGAUCGGGAAAGAGGCAGCAACGCCGCUGAGCUUUGAGCAGCGGGUGGGCGUGCUGGUGGGGGCGGCACGCGGCUUUGAGUAUCUCCACAGCUUCGGCAUCGUUCACCGCGACAUCAAGCCCGCCAACAUCCUGCUCAAUCAAAACAUGCAGGCUAAGAUCUCCGACUUUGGGCUUGUGAGGAAGGGAGAUGGCAACUCAGCGCAAAGUACGCGAGUGGUGGGAACACCGGGCUAUGUGGACCCCUCCUAUUCGGCAUCCAACAGGGCCACCACUGCCACUGAUGUCUACAGCUUUGGCAUUGUUAUUCUUGAGGUGAUGACGGGCCGACCGGCCAUUGAAGAGUCUCUUGCCAUCGUCUCGGAUGAAGAAACGACUCAAUCAAAGAACAUUCUGACGUCGGUAACGCAGCAGCUCGAUCAGUCUGGCGAUGUGCUGGGGCCAGGUCUCAAGGACCCGCGCAUUGAGGCACAGGAUGAUCUCGUUCUCAGGGUGCUGCAGCUGGCGCUGCGAUGCACUGCCAAGCGCUCCGCCACGCGGCCAGGUAUGGGGGCGAUUGCAGCGGAGCUGGAGGGGGUUUUGGCAGAACUGAUCGGGUCAAAGAGGAACGCAGCAGCCGAGGAGGUGGACAAGCAGAUUCUGGACUUGACACCUUCCGCAGAUAUCGAAAAGCAGUUAGCUCGCCUGGACGCUGCAUUUGAAGAAAGAGAAGGUGUCGUGUAA